GAAUACCUCAAUGAAAAUGGCGGACAAACAAACGUUUGAUUACACGUUUAACAAAUGUUUAAAUUUUAUCCAUCAUUUUAAAUAAAGUAUUUUUACGAUCAAAUAAAAUGAAAUCAGGAAUUACUAAGAAGGUUACAGCAAAGUCCAACAUAUAUACAAAAAGAGCCGAAAAGUGGAUAAGAGGGUUUGUUAAAGCUUCAACAACUUUGCCGCCAAAAGUACAAGGCCAAUUAAGAUGUUAUUUACGAUUACGGGUUGACGAAGUACUAUGGUAUACUGCCAAGCCUCCAAAAACAACAUUUGUAAGGGUAAUCUGGUGGGGCGAAGAUGGGCCUGGUACCGUUUUUAGACCCAUUGACUCAAGACUAGAUAAUGGGAGUACAAGAGCAGAGACAGAUUCGAAAUUCGAAGUACGAUCUGGGCCAAAGCAAUUUUCGGCCUAUCUUAAAGAUAUGGGUAAUCUCAUUUUGGAGGUGCUGGCCGAAGGAUAUGUUCCGAUUGGUGUUGCCACAGUACCAAAUCUGCAGAAGCUAAAUGCUCAAACAAAUAUAUCAGGACUAUAUCCCAUAAGAACUCAAUCGGGGGAAAAUAUGGGUGAACUUAAAAUAGCACUACACUUUCAAUCAAUUGCCGAUAACGCAGAAACGUCAUCUAUCCCUACACCUGAUAUCAGUGUUACUGGAAGUAUUGAACCUGAGCCAGUAAAUCCACCUCAAUUUAUUCGCAUGGAAAAACCUCGGGUAGAUAUAAGUGACGAUCCUUUCAUGAGCCCUGAUACUAAUCGGAGUUUUCCAAGCGGAGUUGAUUCAAAAUUGCAACAAUUUAGUACCGAACGUCCAUCUCGUUCAAGGCGUAAAGUUUCGAAAUCUCGAUCCAGAUCGGGAUCAACUGACAAAAAAGACAAAAAAGGAGUUUUUAAUCAUAAAAAUGGAUUGAAUUAUGAUGAAGUUCGAAGCUCAUAUUGUGACGAUGUUGAAAAGUUAGUUAUGAACGACAAUCCUAUUGAAAUUAAAGAAAAUGGUUCAAGUGGUAAAGAAGACUUAUUAUCAAAUAUUCUAGAAAGAGGCGUAAAAUUACGUAAUGAAAUGGCAAUAUCUAGUAGAUCUUCAAAACCUUUGAAGAGCUGCUUAAGGAAAAGUGAUGAGUUCUUUGGACUCAGAGAACAAUACGACUUUGACGAUGGUCUUUAUGCUCAAGAGAUACUAAAGCAUAGUGAUUAUGAAAAUGAUGGCUUUAAGCGAGCUGUAGACCUAGUUGUUGGAGAUACAUUUGCAACUGAAAGACUUCGGACGAUAAAAGCUUUUAACAAUAACCUGGAUUCGUCUGAUGCCGCAUCUAUGACAGAUGUCAAUGAUCCCAUAUACGAUGACAAAAUCUUGAAUAAUUUAUUAUACAAUGAAACGGUAUUAAGUAGUAGUGACAUAUCGGAUGGUGCUGAAGAGGAAAUAAUUAGAACUCUUGGGAAGGAUUCAAUGAAAUCUUCUUCUGAGAAGAAAGCGGGUAUCGAAAGGUUGAAUUUAUCUUUAGAAUGUGAUGGAAAUAAGAGACCUCCGUCAAGAACCUCAUCUGCUGGAAGUCUAACAUCAACACCAUUAUCGACCCCAAGAGUAAAAAAAGCUGGAAGAAAACGCUCAAAGAGUGCCGGGAAAAGGAGAACACGAAGUUCCUCAUCCGAGAAAAGAUGCGCAUCCGAUAGUGAGACAAGACGACGUAAAUUGGGAAAGAAGAAAUUAGAUACCUCGAAAGCGUUAACUAUAGAUAGAGUUGCAUUGUUGGGAAAAGUUUCAGUAGCUCGAAUAAACGUUAGUAAGCUAUCUCUUAAAUCCUUAGAAAGUACAAAAAAAAAGAAGAAAGCCAAAGAUCUGAAAGGAAAGCCUCCAAGACCUGGUUCUGGGACCAAAUCAUCUACUUAUUUUAUUGAAUAUCAUUUUCCUUGUUCCGUAACCGAUACGCGGUCUAGAAAAUCUUCAAUGGGAACUGAAAUUGUUCGAUUUGCAUCGAAGAAGAUCGUUGAUGGAGAUAUAAAUUUUGGACAUAAGACGGCCUUUCCAGUCGUUUUUGAUGGAUCUGGUAUUGAAAAAUGGAUUAAAUCCAAAAUUGUUUAUAAAGUUUUCUCUAAAACUCCCGGAAAUAGAAUUCCGAAACUAAUUGGUACAAGUAUUUUAUAUCUGAAGAAUGUUAUUAUGUCACCUGAACUAUUUAUCAGCGAAGGAUUAGACGUUCGCGAUAGAGCAAGAGACGGCGAUAUUAGUUCAGAUACCGGAAAUGAAGCUAAUUGUCCAAUAAUUGGAAAAUUAAAAGUAACUCUUGAAUUAGCUGGAAAUGAAAAUGAAAAAUUUCAAGAACAAAUUCAAAAAGCAAAAGUUGCUGAUGUAAGCGAUUCGAAAACUUUAAAGAUGCUAACUACUCCUGAAACUAUUGAGGUCGUUCGGCAAGAACCUGAGAAUCGAUCUAUAAAUAAUAAUUCGACUCCUUAUUCGCCUAUCACUCUGCAAACUAUGAUAAUGAUACCUCAAGGAACUGGUAUAUCGUUUCAAGGUAUAUCAACUAUGAAAAGUUCAUCAACCGAAUCGGCUGUUACAAUGCAAGAUCAAAGUUUUAGAAAUUCUUUUCUAUCUUGUCGGAUGUUUUGGAGUGAUGAAGUUUAUUCAUCUUGUACAUGCUGGGGAACAUUUGAUCCAGAGUAUCAUUUUGUUCAGGUUACACCAGUUAUAUUUGAUCAAACGAUGGUAGAACGAUUUAAAAAUAAUUGGGCGAUAAUCGAAGUAUGGAACAAGUCUGUUAAUUCGGAAGAAAAUCAGCUAAUUGGUCUUGUAAAGUUGUCUGUUCAUCAAUUUUAUAUCUCGUACAAGGAUAGAGCAAUUGCUGAAUCUUUAAUUCAAUCAGAGUAUCCUGUUAUUGCUAUCGAUGGUGUAUUACCAAUCAUUCAUCCAAUAUCUCAUAAACAAUAUGGUUCUCUCAAAGUAGUAUUGGCAAUUGGAACUCAAGAUCAAAUAUUUAGAUUUCAAAGAUCAAGGUCACAAAAUUAUUCAAAACCUACUGAAAUACAAAAAACUAAAACGAAUAACGAAAGAUACAAAUUAGCUGUAACGAAAGAAUAUAGUAAAAGUAAUCUAUUUGAUGGUGCACAUAGCCAAUUAGUUUUUAAACGAGAUUCGUUCGGAAAAGGAAAGAAACAUUUUUUUAUUAAAAAAAAAUCUAUAGGAAAAUAUUCUAAGAAAAUUAAAAAUAGAAAUUGUUCAGCUGGUAGUAAUAAAAAAUUAUUGGCGAAUGAUAACGAAGAUGGAGAAGGAAGAUAUGAUAAUAAUCAAAAGAAGUCUUUACCUUUACAUAAAUUUAAAAUUAGUUCAGAUAUUUUAAAAAGUAGUAGUCAGGAUUCUUCCAAUACUUCCGAAGGAAUGCCAAUAUUAAGAAAUAAUGAUUUAAUGAGUUUAAAACGUUCUGAAAGAAUGCAAUCGAAAGGAAUAAAUCUUAAAGAUUUUAGUAUAAAUGAUAAUGAUAUUUUUAUAAAUGAGAGAACUGGUGAAAAAUUCUCUUUUGUCAAUGGAACAAUGAAAACUAUUGAUAAUUGUCAAAAGUCAUUUAAAGGUGUUGAUAUUCUUUAUGAUCCACCUCAAAAGAUUUCAUUACAAUCGAAAUCGAAGGAUUCACCUCAAAAAAUCCAAUUGAACUAUGAAAAAUAUAGUAGAAAAUCAAAAAAGAACUCUGGGAAAAAAGAGUUUAGGGCCGAUUGUAAAUGUAAAUAUAAAGAGAGGGAAGAGGAUUUCUUUUCGCAUUCCCAUUCAUUUGACACCGAAGAUGAAUCUGGUGAAGAUGUUCGUGUAAAUAGAAGAAAAAAAUUUGAAUUUAUCAUAUCCGGAAGAAGCGUUGACGAAUUUGGGAAAAGUAAUAAAAUUAAGGAAAAGGUUAUAAAAAAUACAACAGCUACAAGAGACGAUUGGCGUCUAAUAUUUAGUAAAAAUAAGAAAACUUCUAAAAGUAAGAAUAAUUAUAGAGAAGAGAGAUCGCCAAAAUCACUUUCAAUUUUUGAUCUACUACCAUCAAGAGCAGUUAUAGGCUUACCCGUCUUAUCAUCUACAAAAUUAGAUAAUAAUAGAAACGCUAAUGCGUAUAUGAAUAUGAAUGAUAAUUUUGAUCAUAUCUUUGAAGUAAAUAUUGAAUCUAUCAAGUCUUUGGCAAAUUUUGAUAGUCUUUUAUGGGGAGAGGCGGAUUGUUUUGUUCAAUAUCAUUUCCCUACACAAAUUAGGGAAAGAACGAAUCCUAAUGUUCAACCGGCUCCUGUUUUAAAAGCUUAUAGAACUGCAACAACACUUUGCAUACCGGAUCCAAAAUUCGGUGAUAAGUUGAGACAUAAACUUACGCUGGCAGAAAGUUCCGCAAUUCAAAGGGAAAUAGUUGGUGCUUGCGCUGGAGCUGGUGGUGGUGCUGGAGGUAUAUCCUUCGAGAUAUGGUGUCGAUUUUAUCAUCCAAAUGUCAGGGAUCAAGUUGUUGCCAAGACUCAACUUCCUGUGGCUAAAUUAUGUGCGCUGGCCACAAUGCAUAGAUAUGGUGAACCUAGUGAGCAAACGUUUCAUCUACCUCUUUCAAAUAUCCUUCCCGAACAUGCUAGAGAUCAUGAUCCUGAAGCAGAUAUUCCUCAUUCAGAGCCGUCCGGUUUCCUAGAAAUUUCCGUCAAUUAUCAAUCUAAAGUGUCGCGUUUAUUAAAAGAUAAAGAAUGCGAUCAGAACACUAUUCGACUGUCGGUUAAUAUUCAAAAAAUAUGUGGCUUACGCGCGGCUGCUGUCAAUGCUUCGAAAAGUGAACCGUCCCUUUCUUUUACGCCUGAUAUAGGCUUGAAUCCUUAUUUAAGAGUCAAUUUAUCAAUGCUGACAAAAGAUGAAGAAAGAAUAACUCAAACUAUAGCUAGAACUUUAGCGGGCAAUUUCUCAUGUCAUUUCGAUUUUCCAUUACCCCUUCUUUGGUUUGAAGGAGAUGACACAAGGACUUUAGCAGAGGACUUUGAGAGGGAGUAUCUUAUAUUGGAACUUUGGCAUCAAGCCAAUGAAGGAUUAAUGGAUUCGAGGAGCCGUCGAACUUAUUCUACUUCACCCGACUCGCUUAUUGCCAUAUGUUUAGUGCCUUUACGUCAUCUUUUAACCAAGCCAUCUGGAAUAAGAUCGUGGUUCCCUCUACAAACUGCGGAGGCUGUUCAACAGAAUGAUAAAUCUCUUCAAGAGUAUCUAUCGCCCGAGUACGGGUUGGAGAAUGUCGUUGGAGGAUUAGAAGUUGGAAUGAAACUAUCUAGAGGUAUAGAUGAUUGGAGGCGAAUUGUAGAUAUUGGCCGUGUAAACGGCUGGGAACCUGAUAAUGAAAUUGAACAAGUCGAACACGACUUUGAAGAAGAUUUUACUGGUCAAGAAUGUUCAUUUUCAUUCAAGGUGAAUCACUUGACAUUUCCUAUCAAUAAGGAAGAAUCAGAACAAAAGCUUCACGUCUAUAUUAAAUUAAGAUUUUUCAAUAAUCCACCCUUUUUUUCUCAUCUAUGGAAAGUCCAAGUAAACUCAUAUGGUUACGCAACAGUCGAUGCAAACCUUCACAAAGAAUUUAAGGUUGAGUCUUCAAGAUCUCUUAAUUGGUAUUUGAGAGAAGAACAACUGGAGGUUCAAGUUUGGUCUACGAAAGAGCCAAGAAGCACGAAAGAACGCCCAGUUCAGAAAGACAAACUUAUCGGUUCGGCUUACAUAGAUUUGCUACCAACGAAAAAGUCGAGAAAAAUUAGUGGUGUUUAUCCAUUAUUCAAACCGGCAUGUUCGAAUAUGGGAGGAGCCUGUAUUCAUGUAUCGUUAGACAUGCAUUCCAGUAUUACUGACAAAGUAGGAGAUUAUUCAAAUAUAAGAACGGUGGAUGACGUUCCAGAUGAUUGUUUUUUAACGAGAAUCUGCAUAGAAAGGGCCUUCCACCUACCUCUAGUCGAUUGUCCCAAUACCAAAGAUAAAAUAGCUCCGUCCGCUUAUGUAACUUUUCAAAGUGCCGAAAAAGAUGAUCCUCUCUGCACUGCUGCUCAAACAUCAUCAAAUCCUAUUUGGAAUUAUGAAGCUGAUACUCUUUUAUACAAGUAUUUGCUUCAUUCUAAAGAAAAGGAUCUUAUAUUUAAAGUUUGGCACGCCAGAAAGAGUGAUUUAUUACCUGAGAUAAGCACGGAUAAGGUUUUAGGUUAUGUUACUGUUGACUUAAAGCCAUUAAAAGCCGGACUACAGCAAAUAAGUGGUUAUUAUAAUAUAAUGGAUUUUGUUGGUAAAUGCCAGGGUCAGAUAUUUAUUUGCGUGGCACCGGUUCUUAUUCGAAGUUCCAAUAUUGAUAAGGUUCAACUUGGAUCAACAACUCCAGCUCCUAUUCGUCCUCUAUCACCAAAUUUUGAAAUUGAAGUUAAAUCAAUGUCAAAGUCAUCUUCCGAUGUAUUCUCUGCUUUACGUCAUUGGCAUCAGCAAGUUCGCACAGCGAAAUAUGACAUUCAGCCAUCUUCUCCAAGUAGAUCAGAUUUGAUGAAAGAGCUUAAGUCGAAUAUGAGUGAAUUAGAUAAUAUUACUGGAAAGCUCAAAGAAAAAUUAAACUUCUCUCCUCCCCGGAUAGAAAGUGAUAGGUAUAAGUCUCCCAGCGAAAAUAGAUCGACAGACGAAGAGUUUCUUCCCAUUUUAGAAAGAGCUAGGGCUUUGUUAAACUCAUCAGAAAAUACCUCAAAAUCGCCUGAUUCUUCCCUAACCGAUUUUCUACCAAGAAGGUAUAAUCAAACUUUAACACAACAACAUAUAGGCAUCUCUGAAGAUAGGAUAUAUAAUAGCAAUAAUAAUAGUAGUACGCUUGUAAGUGAUAAGGAAGAGGAAUUAAAUGAUACAAUAAAUGCCGAAGAAGAAGAAAAAGAUGGCGAAGAAGCUAAUGCAUAUGCUGCUGCUUAUACGGAAGAAAAUUCAAGGGAAAUCUCCUGGAUAUCUUCCGCCCAUCAUUCGAAAAGUCAGGAUAUGCUUAACACCGAUAUGGAACUGAAUGGAGAUUUAGACUUGGAGGAAGAGUUACAAAGCAAUUCACUUAUUUUGUUGCCGAAAUCAUUAAACAAUGUUUCAGAUGUCGAUUUUAGUAAUUGGGAAGUUGGUAUGAAUACUAUGGCGGUUUUAAGGGAAGAGAUAGUUGAAGUUGUAGAGAGCAAAGAAAUAGCUAGUGAAAAUAUAAAUGAAAACCGAACAGAGGAAGAUAACAGUCAAAAGACAUCUUCUUCGCCGAUUACUAUUAUAGAGAGUGAUCAAGAGAAGAAGCUCCUCCCCAACAAGGCUUUAGAUGAUGAAGAAAAAGAGGAAACAUCUAGAAAGUCUUCGUCUUCCACUAUGCUCGACGUGAGUCUUCCGGGCCUGUCUGAUAAAGAAGAUUCAACCGUAAAAAAAUCGGUUGAAGCCGAAAAUUUCCAAGUUAUAAAUAGCUCAGAAAUUCAAUCUACAGAACUUCAAACGAAUGAAGUUUCGUUAAAAACCGACAGGGAGAGAGUUCGAGACAGAAUAGAGGCAGCAGGUUUAGUUUGGAGUAGCGACGAGGAUGAGGUCGAAAUAGAAAUCUCAGAAGCUGAAAAAUUAGACUCGAGUGAAUCAGAUCAAAACGAAAUACAUCCGGUAGAAGAUAAUACUGAUAAUCCUUAUAAACCUGAAGAAAUACCCGACGACGUCAACAUUCCGGAAGAACUAGACGAACUAGAAGAGCAAUUAGAAGUUAGGUCAUCUGUGUCUUCUAUCCGCAAAGAUAAUGAAGAAGUAAAUUCUCAAAUUGAAGAUCAAAAUUCACAAGAUAAUUCCUUCGAAUUGGAUGAUAUACCAAAGGAAAGAAAUCUAAAUUUAUUAGCAACUAUGCCAUCAGAUCGAUUAAAGACUACCAUCUCAUUAUCCUCAAAACCUGACGAAAAGAAAACAAUGCCAUCAUUCUCAUUAAAAACUCUUCCAACCGCUGAACAAACUAAGCGCAUAGCUAAAAUAUUUUCAUCUAAAUUUAAUGCCCGGUUAAACUCUAUAAAUUACCAUACAUCUCCGAUAUUAGUUAAGAAUACUUCAAAAACUAAGCCAAUUAUAAAAAAGACUGUUUUACCUCCAAUGGAUUCUAAAGUUAAAGUAUUUAUGGGCGAAAAAUGUCUAGGCGUUUUAACUUAUCACGAAGCGAGCAAGAAAGCCAAAUCAAAUAAUUUAAAAUUAAUUUUAUCAAAAGAAAUUGAAGAUCAAUAUCCAAUUUAUAAAUUGAUGACACUAAAAGAAUUAGGGGAGGAAGAGCAAAGACUUAAAAAGAAGAAGAGAGAAUUUAAAAUGUUUACCAUAAAAGGAAAGAUUGACGAUAGAGAUUUUGAAGUCAAAAUGAAAAAAAUUGAAGAGGUUAUUAAAAGGGAUAAAUCAGCAAAAAUAUUUAUAAAUUCUUCGGAAGAAGAGAAAUUAAGUGAUAUUUUUAAAAGGAUAACGAACUCAACGAAAGAAUUUGCUAGAAUUAAAGAAUCCAUAACAGCUAAACAAAGUAUACAAAUACAGUUGGUACCAUUAUCGUCGGAUGGAAAUGCUACGGAAAAUCUAAGGCCGUUGUCUAACGAUGAAUUACGUAGGGAGAAAGAGAGUUAG